UCACAUCAAGCUCCAUGCGGAGCCACUGUUCAAAAUAUAUUAUGGCCUGCAGAAGCAACGAUACAUGAUUAGAACCGCAAAAAGAGAAAAUCAAGCCAACAGCAAGACCGCGCUAGAAAUCAAUAGAAUCAACUAACCGCUCAUACCAAUAAUCCAUCAUCGCGUUGCGCGCUCUCGGGUUGCUAGCCACAGUUCGAACCUGACGUUGAUGACAUAUCGUUGCUCCGGCGCGCGCAGCAGCUACGACUGCAUCAUCAAACAACCUCCGCCGAGGCCACGGAUCCCAUCUCAUUCAACCUCCUCUUUCCCCGCGCCACAGCCGCGACAUCAAGCAUGUCGAGUCUCGUCCAUAUCUCCUCCAAGGAGCAAUUUAGCUCCUUGCUUUCGUCCUCUACAAUCGUCGUGACAGACUUCUACGCAGAUUGGUGCGGACCAUGCAAGGCUAUUGCGCCCAUGUACGAGCAGCUGGCGAACCAGCUGUCUCGCCCGAACCGGAUCACUUUCACCAAGGUCAAUGUUGACGAACAGCAAGAGAUCGCAAAGGCUUAUGGGAUUACUGCGAUGCCAACCUUCAUGAUCUUCAAGAACGCUCGAACGGUCAGUACCGUCCGUGGUGCAGACCCCAAUAAGCUCUCUGAAGCCGUCCGUAAGCUCGCCUCCGAAGCCAGUGCGACAGAACAAGGAGCAGACGAAGGAUUUGGUGAAUCGAGCGGAGGUUCUAGCGGCUGGUUGGGCGCAUCAGUCCCCAAGGGAUGGUCAGACAUUACGGACCAGGUCCAGCUCACUGGAAUCGACCUGUUGAACUGCGACAGUGAGCUUGGUGCUCCGAAGGUGCUCUUCGACUCAUCGAAGCCAUCGAGUCUCAACGGCGACAAGGGCAAGGGCAAGUCCGGGACAUCUGCGGACUGGGUUGAGAGCGACACCGACGAGCAGCUGAUGCUCUACAUGCCCUUCCAGUCGUCGCUGAAGAUUCACUCGCUGCAUGUCACCUCACUGCCACCUAGCUCCGAUGACGACGAUGAUGAGGUGCCGAUGCGACCCAAGACUCUACGACUCUACACUAACCAUUCACAUGUGCUGGGUUUCGAGGAAGCGGAUGACAUCCCGCCCGUGCAGACGGUGACCAUCGAGCCCAAUGACUGGGAUCCCAAGACGGGCACGGCAAAGGUCGAGCUGCGCUUCGUCAAGUUCCAGCAUGUCACGUCGUUGGUUGUCUUCUUCGUUGAUGGGGAUGGCGAGGGCGAGAAGAUUCGCGUGGACAGACUCAGGAUUCUGGGCGAAGCUGGUGAGAAGAGGGAGUUGGGUAAGCUCGAGAAGAUUGGAGACGAGCCGGGCGAAUAAACGCGAGUAAUAAUAAGAAACGAGUGAAAAUGGUAGAGCUACGAUAGACAUCAUUAUGAGCACACA